UUUUAGAACUUCAAAAAAUUAUUUGUCCCAAAAAAACCAAAGAAACUCGACUCUAUUUGGAAGUGGCAAAAGGAUUAAUCAUAUGAAUAUAAGGAAAAAUGAUGUGAUGAUGAGUAGUGUUCCACAAACUGCAAAUUCUUCUCCUCCUCCUCCAAAUAUGUAUCCAGAAGAACUUCAACUUAAGCUUUAUCAAGCUUUCAUAUUUUCAAUUCCUAUACUUUUUUCUAUUAUUCUUUUUCUUCUUUUUUACUUGUUUUAUCUCAAGAGAAGAGCUUCUUCUUUCUCUCCACACUUGCUUCCAAGGAUUCAUCCUCCAACUACCUAUCGUUAUUAUUCCUCUAACUCCUCACCUCGUCGUUUGGAUUUUGCUGUGCAAUUCUUGGACAAACUUCCUAGAAUUUUGUUUGAUGAGGAUUUACAAGCAAGGGAUUCAAUAUGUUGUGUUUGUUUGGGAGAAUUUGAGUUGAAAGAAGAGUUGCAACUGAUUCCAAAUUGCAAGCAUGUGUUCCACAUUGAUUGCAUACAUCAUUGGCUACAAACAAAUUCAACUUGUCCACUUUGUAGAUGUUCCAUCAUUCCCACUACAACCAAGUUCCUUAAUCCACCACCUCCUAUUAAUAUUAUAAUAUCAGACCCACCACAUCAAGGUCCUAUGGAUUCUGAUUCUCCAUUACAAAUUUCAUCAUUAGAAGAUGAAGCUGCUGGUGCUUCCACAAAUGUUGUGUCAAGAGAAUGAUAUGCAUUAUUUUGAUUUAAUUAAUUAUGAAUAAUGUGUGCAAAUAGAAAUGCAUUAUCAUGUGCAUUCAAUUUUGUUAUCAAAGAGUAUUCUGAAUUGGUACUUUUUUGUCCUAUGUAACAAAAAAUGUAGUAUGUUUUUACCUCUGAUAAUUGAGUUCUUUGUUUA